CGGUUCGAUUCUCAAGCAUAGUAGUUGACCUUAGCUGGCUGUCUUUACCUCAAUUGUCCUUAGAAGUUGGGUUGACAAAUUGAGUUUCUCGAAAUGUAUUUAGCUAGGUAGCUGGGCUACGUUGUUAGCUUUAGCUAGACUGACAUACACUGAGAUAGACGUUGACGUGCACGACGUGCUGUGUAGUGUGAAUGUACCUAGCUAGAGCUAGCUAGCUACCGGAUAUAAUCAAUAUUAUGAUUAUUCGCUAAUCUGUUGUGCUUCUAAUGGAAUAGGCUAGUCUAGCUAAGAAUCAUAAUGUUAAUUGUUUACAAGUAUUAGCCACCUUAUAGCUAGAUAACACUUUGCGUCAAGCAGCGCAAGCGAGUUAGCUACAAACUUAAUUCGAAACUGACUAGCUUAAGAUAGAACUAUUGGAACUGCAUUCGUUGAAUAGCCUAAUCAUGGGACAGAAAAGUGGGAAUUACAAAAAAGUUAAUGUUGGCUGAACCGGUCAAAUUUUCGUAAUUUUAGACCAAAACAUGAGUACGGCGUUUAUUCAGAAUUCACGACGCUUCCAAACAAACAUAGGUUUAAUGCCUUCAGUUAAUGAAAACCAAAUACUUGUUGUUGUUUUUGGUGUAAUAGAGGGGGAUUGACGUGUGCCUCAUGUAGCCUAAAUGCUGUUGUCAUCUAGCUUUGGAGUUUUGUUAAUCUGUUUUGUUUGUUACUUUGGCCUACUGUCCGAGGAUCCUGGUUAUUUACCCUCCGGACCUGUUCAGACUUCACAAAUCUGUAUGGGUUGAGCGUCUUUAAUCGCUGGUGUAUGGAGGCGCGUUCUCUACUUAAAAAGUUCUUAAAAAUUAAAAGUACAAUAUGCUACCAUAUAGUAUGUAACUGAAAUGUAAUGCUGAAUAAGAAGUAGCAUAUGAUUCCACAGCGUUGUGUUAUACGAUUAGUAACACGUUACAGUGACAGUGAGUAAAAUUUACUUCAGCAAGACAUUUUAGCUGACACUCUUAUCUGGAAUGACAUAGCUACACAACUUGCCUUGCCAACUUGCUUGUAGUGUAAUGGUUUUGGGAACUGGGCUUGUAAUUAUGAAAACUUUGAUUCCCAGGAGGAGUAUUGCUGUUGUACAGUACUACCGUUGUACUCUUGAGCUCAGUGUUUUAUCAUGCAUUGCCUCAGUAAAUGGUUGUCUACCUCCUGCUAAAAUGUUGUAGGUGUUUGGCAAACACCAUGUUCCAGACAGCAGUGACCCAUUUAGGAAUCGAACCUGCAGUCUCACAGUUCCAAGUCCAGCUCCUUGAUUGUACUACCUCCUACGUGUUGCUACAUUUUGUCUGUGAGUGAGUGCUGCUGCUCUCUUUGGGGAAGAUGAUUGGAAUAGCAGAACAACUGAAGCCUCCCGCGUGGUCAGGGACCAGACGGACCUGCGUCAGUCGGCGCGGAAGGAGCGGCGGACGGACGUGGUGAUGCAGCUGUGGGGCGACCGGAACGGCACGGUCGGGGAGCUGCUGAGCCUCCUCGCCGAGCUCCAGCUGCUGAGAGCUCGAGACAUCAUCCUCCGCUGGAGUCCUGUACGCCCCUCUCCAGAGAUGGCAAGUAACAACGUGCACAUAUCUUGUAAGAGUUUUCCCCCUUCGCCGUCAAAAGAAAACCUGGAGGAUAAUCAGGAAACCAGGCCAUUCAUCGAAAGAGGUACACCCAAGCCUUUGCCAAAACCAGGCCCUCCUCCUUCGGGUUUGGAGUCCAGGGAGAAGAUGGAAUCCAUCACAGCUCCUCAGUCUGCGUGCUUGUCCAACACACCUGGCAAGAAUAUCCCCCAAUCCCACAAUGCCAUGUGCUGGCCAUUUGAAGAGGUGCAGUGUGGGACGAACAAUUUCACGGAAGCACUGCAGAUCGGAGAGGGGGGGUUUGGUCGGGUGUACCGGGCCACCCUGAGGAACACUGAAUACGCUGUGAAGAGGCUGAAGCAGGACUCGCGGCUGAACUGGCCGUUGAUGAGGGAGAGCUUCCGGACCGAGGUGGAGAAGCUUUCGCAGUACCGGCACCCCAACAUUGUGGAGUUUGCGGGUUACUGCGUGGGGGGAGGGGAGCACUGUUUGCUGUACCCGUUCAUGUCCAACGGCUGCCUGGACGAGCGGCUCCACGGCCCGAGCAGUGCUGCCCUCUCCUGGACGGAGCGUGUUAGUGUACUGCUUGGGUCAGCGAGAGCCAUCCAGUUCCUGCACUCGAGUUGCCCGCCGCUCAUCCACGGCGAUGUGAAGAGCUCUAACAUUCUCCUGGGGGACCACCUUGAGCCCAAACUGGGGGACUUUGGGCUAGCUCGCUUCUACCAGAGCCCCCGCAGGACGGCGGGGAGGACGUCCAGCGUGGCGCAGACCAAGACGGUGCGCGGGACGCUGGCGUACCUGCCCGACGAGUACGUGAAGAAAGGAGAGCUGGGAGUGGAGAUCGAUACCUACAGCUUCGGAGUGGUCAUCCUGGAAGUGCUGACGGGCCGCAGGGCCUUGGAAACGGACAGCCAAUCCAGAACGGUUUACCUGAAAGAUCUCGUUAGCGAGGGAGAGGAGGAGAAGGAGGAGGAAGAGGAAGGCGGAAGUACGGCGUCUUCCCUGGGGUGUCUCCCGUCAUCCGCGGCCAAGCACAUAUCGAAGAAGCACCUGGACCCCCAGUUGGCCCCCGCAGCGUCCCAGUGGUCCCUCGAUCUCUCCUCGCUCGCCUGUCGCUGUCUGGAUCGCAGGAAAAAGAAACGACCGCCUAUGAUAGAUGUGUAUAAAGUUAUAGAAGACCUCCACUCUCGCCUCCAGUCCUCCAGUCUGGAGUUUUCCACACAUGAGGCCUCGUCUACUCUCCUUGAUCAGUCCCCGCCCACUGCCCCUUCCCCAGCCCCUCCCCCUGCCCCUCUCCUCCAAUCGCUGGAUUCCAUCAUGCAUGGCCUGGCUAAGCUCGUUCCUCAGGAGGACACAUACUACUGCCCUGUGAGUUCCCUCUCCAGCCUGCCCCCUCCACAGACUCUGAGCUCGCAGCGGCCUGGGACCCACGUGGGGUCCUGGGGGCCGGACCCCCCCUCCUCUCAGACUCCCUGCGAGUCCGACGACAGUCUGGGAGACUUGCGGUAUUUUUCUUCGGACCCGUCCGUUCUCAGCCCCCCCAGUGGGGACUACCGUGGAGCACUGCAGUCCUGCUCUCUGUCUGGGCGCUCCUCGGCGGAGAGUGGCACUUCACGCGGUGGUGCAAAGACUGACACGUCACACAGCAGCUCUCAGUCAGACAUGGCCAGUGACAAGAUUGUGAUGAAUGCUGUCAAGCAGCGUUUUGUCCAGAAGAUGGCGAUGUACAAGGAGGGCAAGAUCCCCAUCUCGGCCCUCCUCUCUUCUGACGACUUGUCUUGUGGCGACGCAAGCAAUAAAAGUCAAGAACCAGAGGAGAGCGAGUUUGAGUGCAGUCCAGGGGAGGCCUUUGGCACCAACAACAGCAAAAAAACAUGAAAUUUUUUUUUCAGUGGAGGCCCCUUUUAAAAUGGGUUUUUCCUGAGGAGGGGUUAGACAAUUUGUUAUGGGGGGUGAGGGGAGGUCUUCAGGGGAUUUAGAUAAACGUGUGAAAAGAAGUCAUUAACUGAGGUCAAAGUAGUACAAAAUAAUGACAUUUCAUUACUUUAAUUUGCACUCAAACCUUUAAACGAUAGAAUCAAAGUUCUCAAAACCAGAUACUUGUUUACAAACCUUCAUAAAGUUGUGGAAGUUAUCAUUUCACAUGGUGCAGUGCGAUUUUCGUCAGUGAUUUAGUUACCAAAAAAUUGGGUAUGCCUGCUUCGAAAACCAUUUUCACAUGACCCACACUGCACCUGCUGGUGUGUUCAUAUGAGUCCAUCACUAUGGGCCAACUUUCUAAUUUAGGAGGAGAAUGGCAUGAUGGACUCAGGAUGUGAGGUUUCCAGAAACGGAGGUACUCUUUUGACUGACCGUAACCACAGAUUGAAAUUGUUAUGUAAUUUAUUUGCAUUUCUGAUGUUCUUUUUUUGCUCUGGCUGACUUGUAUUCAUUUUCUUUUUUUUAUGCAGUAUUUUAUGCUUGGAAGAUUUUGACUUUUAUUUAAGAUGUAUGCCUUAACCCUGAAAUAGUGUGAGACUUAUAUCAGUUGUCCUGUUAAUCAGAAACAACUGUGAUACUCUCAUGUCGUGAGAGCUUUCACUAGUGUCAUUUCAUUAUGGUGUUAUGCUGUUUCAUAUUAAAAUAAUAAUAAUAAUAAUAAUGUUUAUUUUAUUUUAAGAAAAAUCAAUGCCCUGUUAACUGUUUCUGCAACUUGUGAUUUCGAAUAGCUUUGUAAUUUUACUGGUGUCAUAUCAAUAAUUGUUGGUACUAAUUGGAAAAUAAAACACUGUGAAGAUUGGCUCUA